AUGCACUCCCGCGGCUUCUGCAUAACCGCCAGCCUGCUGAGCCUCGGCCUAGCCUGCAAGGGCAGCAGUGUCACGUCGUUCUGCAACGUCUGCGGCGUCCAGGACGUGCGAUGGAGUGACUAUGCCGCCCCGCAGCCCGGUGCCAUCAUCACCGUGGGCACCGAGGCCGACGUCGCCACCGUGGUGACCAUCGCCAACGAGCUCAACGUGCCCUUCCUCCUCCAGUCCGGCGGCAACGGCUGGGCGGACACCUUCGACCUCAACACGAGCGGCGUCGUCAUUGACGUGUCCAACCUCAAGAGCAUCGCCUUCAAUGAGGCCCGCACCGAGGUGACGUUCCAGACGGGCGUACUGAUCGAGGAUAUUGUGGCGGCCGCCUGGGACAACAACGCCCGCGUCGCUACCGGAACCUGCAACUGUGUUAGCGUGCUCGGCGCCGGCUUGGGUGGCGGCCUGGGCAGAGGUACUGGCCUCUACGGCUUGGGGCUGGACCAGCUCAUCUCGGUCAACUACGUCGACGCCAGCGGCAAGGCGAGCACCGUCACCAACACCAGCAACCCUGACCUCUGGUGGGCUCUCAAGGGCGCAGGCCCCAACUUUGGCAUUGUCACUUCCGCCGUCUAUCAGAGCUACCCUGUGGCCCAGGCCGACAAUACCGCCUGGACGGGGCUUCUCUACUUCAACGACAGCGCCAUCGAGAGCAUCAUCUCCGCCAUCAACAACCUCACCUUGGAGGCCGAGAUGCAGCUCGACUUCUACUUCACCGAGGGCGUCGUGGCCGUCCUGCCGUUCUACAUCGGCGACGAGGCCACUGGCCGUGAGAAGUUCGCCUCCAUCCUCGCCAUUGGCCCGGAGGUGGACGAUACCGAGGUCGUCCCCUACAAUACCUGGAAUGCUGCGGGCGACGCUUUCUGCGCCGACGGUGGCCGGAAGCCUUCGUACGAGACCAACCUCAAGACGCUUGACCCCACGGCCUGGCGCGAGGUCUGGAACGAAUACAUUGACUUCUACGACACGUAUGCCGAGGCCAAUCUGACCACCCUCCUGACCGAGUGCUACUCGACAGGUAAGAUGCUCGAGAUUGGCGACUCGCAGUCAGCGUAUCCCUGGCGCGACAUCAAGUGCUACGCCAUCACCAUUCCUUGGUACACGUCAGCAAGCCUUGACACGGCAGCCAAUGACUUUGGUCAGAAGGUCAGAAGCAUCUUGUCCGCCUCCUCCGGAACCAGCACCUUCAGCGCCUACGUCAACUUUGCCCAUGGCGACGAGGCCCUGGCCGACAUCUACGGCGAUAGCUUAUCUCGGCUGCAGACCCUGAAGAAAGAGUACGAUCCCCAGGGGCGCUUCGACCAGUGGUUCCCCCUUUCCUAG